AUGGGCCCUCCUGUGGGUCUGUUGUGUGUGUUGCUCUGCUGUUAUAGCGCCCCCUACAGCAGUGCGUUUUUCCUCCUGGGGGGUCCAGGGGUGGUGGCUCCUGUGUUUCCCCUGCCAGAGGGCCCGUUGGUGGGAGACUCGGGUCUGGGUGGGCCUGGGUCUUUGGGUCCAGCUUUUGGGAAGACCGCAGCUGGACCUGGAUGCUCCUGGAUCCUGGAGCAGAAGUUCCAGAAGGAACUCAGAGCUCAAAAGGAAGCGGGAAUCGAACAUUUCAGAAGCAACCUGCCUCCAGAGCUUCUGUUCAGAGACGACAGUGAGGCGCUGUCCUGUGUCCAGUCUCUCCUCUUGUCUGUGACUCGUGCCGAUCUUCAACCUGUGAUGUUUGUGGACCUGUCGUUAGUCUCAGAUGGUCAGGAUGGUCCAGACCCAGGUCAGGGUCUUGGCCCAGACCCAGGUCUCCUCCAGCGCUUGGACGUGGUCUUUGCAGAGCUCGGAGGUCUCGUUCACACGUGGGUCUUGUUGAUGGACGACAUGAAGGAGGCGGAGCUUUACAGUGACGUGCACCGCAUCUUUAGACGCCAUUUCACAGACGAUGGUACGACUACCUCCACGACUCACUGGGACUGGGGCAUCUACAACCUGCUGGGACUGGGGCAUCUACGACCCGCUGGGACUGGGGCAUCUACGACUCACUGGGACUGGGGCAUCUACGACUCACUGGGACUGGGGCAUCUACUGUACGACUGA